UGAACCCACAGAUCUGACAGAAACAAAGGAAGAAGCACAGUGUUCCUGAUUCUAGUCACUUGUUGACAGUUUUAAUAAUUAUUGUUAAAUCACUGGAAUUUAAGGACACACCCAGGGAUGUAAAACUGAUUUCCACUGUUUGUUUUCUUUUUUCUAAUGAAAGGAUGACUGGAGUCAAGAGUGUUAGAGCAGUCCUGAUUAUUGUCACUGAUUAUUUUAGCAGCAAAUGAGAACCUGGCAUUACCCAGCAGCCCUCCAGCUGCUCAGAUUCAGUCAGACUGUAUGUGGUCAGACUGGUUCUCCAGCCUGGUUCUCCAGCCUGGCAACACUUUAAUUCCACCACAGUACUGACUGAGGGAAUGUAACCAGAGGAUGGUGAUGGCUGUGGUCAAGUUUCCAGUGUUUUGUCUGGUCCUAACCUUUCUGCUGACUUUUACCAGAGGAGACACUGAGGUGUCCUGUGUUUUCAUGGAGAGCUGCAUCUUACCGUGCAGCUUCCAGAGCGGAGCUGAGACAAUCAUCCACUGGAUUCUGGUGACAGCAGGAGACCCUCAUGCCCACUCCUACUACAGCAACCAAGACCAGCUCGGACUCCAGCACCAGCGCUUCAGAGGCAGAACAUCACUGUUCAAGGACCAGAUCUCCAGAGGAAACGCCUCACUCCAGCUGACAGGGGUGGAGGUUCAGGACCAGGACAGAUACAGAUGCUUCACCAGCACCAUGGGAGAAAACAAGGAGUCAUUGAUCAACCUGAGGGUGGACGCUCCAGUCAGUAAAGUCAACAUGGAGCAGGUAGGAAACAGGAUCAUCUGCAGCUCAGAGGGGAUCUACCCUGAACCUGAUCUCACCUGGUCCACCAGACCUCCAUCCAACCUGACCCUCCAGAACCAAACCAGCAUCCAGCAGACUGAGCAGCAGCUCUACAACAUCAGUAGUUCUCUGAUACUUUCAGACAGUGAAACUGAUCUGAGCUACAUCUGCACCAUCAGCACUCGAAAAAACUGGAGGAGAGUCACUUUACUUAAAACAACUUUUAUAAAUGGGUCCAACCCAGAAACAACAAUCUCCUGCCCUGACUCAAUCACCUCAAUAACAGGCUUCAGUCUCACCUGGAGAUUCAACCACAGUCAGAUCAUCCUGAACCAGAGCAGAGCUGACAUCAGCUACACAGUGUCAGAGGAGUGGAGGCAGCAGGUGAAGGGUGUGUCAGAGUCAGGCAGCCUCAUGCUACAGGACUUAUCUUCACAUCAUGAGGGAAUAUACAGCUGUGAAGUCAGUGAUGCUGAGGAGACUCUGAUAACCAACACCUUUCUGAGGAGAGAGAAAAGUCAAGACACUGAGGUGUCCUGUGUUUUCAUGGAGAGCUGCAUCUUACCGUGCAGCUUCCAGAGCGGAGCUGAUCCAGUCAUCCACUGGACUCAGGUGACAGCAGGAAACCCUUAUGUCCACUCCUACUACAGCAACCAAGACCAGCUUGGACUCCAGGACCAGUACUUCAGAGGCAGAACAUCACUGUUCAAGGACCAGAUCUCCAGAGGAAACGCCUCACUCCAGCUGACAGGGGUGGAGGUUCAGGACGAAGAUAUAUACAAGUGUCACACCAGCACCAACAGAGGAAGCGAGGAUUCAUUGAUCAACCUGAGAGUGGACGCUCCAGUCAGUAAAGUCAACAUGGAGCAGGUAGGAAACAGGAUCAUCUGCAGCUCAGAGGGGAUCUACCCUGAACCUGAUCUCACCUGGUCCACCAGACCUCCAUCCAACCUGAACCUCCAGAACCAAACCAGCAUCCAGCAGACUGAGCAGCAGCUCUACAACAUCAGUAGUUCUCUGAUACUUUCAGACAGUGAAACUGAUCUGAUCUACAUCUGCACCAUCAGCACUCACAGCAACAGCAGGAGAGUCACUUUGUUUAAAACAACUUUCACUUUUAUAAAUGGGUCCAACCCAGAAACAACAAUCUCCUGCACGACCUCAAACGCCUCAAUAACAGGCUUCAGUCUCACCUGGAGAUUCAACCACAGUCAGAUCAUCCUGAACCAGAGCAGAGCUGACAUCAACUACACAGUGUCAGAGGAGUGGAGGCAGCAGGUGAAGGGUGUGUCAGAGUCAGGCAGCCUCAUGCUACAGGACUUAUCUUCACAUCAUGAGGGAAUAUACAGCUGUGAAGUCAGUGAUGCUGAGGAGACUCUGAUAACCAACACCUUUCUGAGGAGAGAGAAAAGUCAAGACACUGAGGUGUCCUGUGUUUUCAUGGAGAGCUGCAUCUUACCGUGCAGCUUCCAGAGCGGAGCUGAUCCAGUCAUCCACUGGACUCAGGUGACAGCAGGAAACCCCUCUGUCCACUCCUACUACCGCAACCAAGACCAGCUCAGACUCCAGAACCAGCGCUUCAGAAACAGAACAUCUCUGUUCAAGGACCAGAUCUCCAGAGGAAACGCCUCACUCCAGCUGACAGGGGUGGAGGUUCAGGACCAGGGCAGAUACAGAUGCUACACCAGAACCAAUGGCAGGAAGGAGGAGUCAUUCAUUAACCUGAGAGUGGACGCUCCAGUCAGUAAAGUCAACAUGGAGCAGGUAGGAAACAGGAUCAUCUGCAGCUCAGAGGGGAUCUACCCUGAACCUGAUCUCACCUGGUCCACCAGUCCUCCAUCCAACCUGAACCUCCAGAACCAAACCAGCAUCCAGCAGACUGAGCAGCAGCUCUACAACAUCAGUAGUUCUCUGAUACUUUCAGACAGUGAAACUGAUCUGAUCUACAUCUGCACCAUCAGCACUCGCAGCAACAGCAGAAACACCACUUUGUUUAUACCAACUUCUAUCAGUGUUUCAGACUCUGAAACAACAAUCUCCUGCACAACCUCAAUCGCCUCAAUAACAGGCUUCAGUCUCACCUGGAGAUUCAACCACAGUCAGAUCAUCCUGAACCAGAGCAGAGCUGACAUCAGCUACACAGUGUCAGAGGAGUGGAGGCAGCAGGUGAAGGGUGUGUCAGAGUCAGGCAGCCUCAUGCUACAGGACUUAUCUUCACAUCAUGAGGGAAUAUACAGCUGUGAAGUCAGUGAUGCUGAGGAGACUCUGAUAACCAACACCUUUCUGAGGAGAGAGAAAAGUCAAGACACUGAGGUGUCCUGUGUUUUCAUGGAGAGCUGCAUCUUACCGUGCAGCUUCCAGGGCGGAGCUGAUCCAGUCAUCCACUGGACUCAGUUAACAGUAGAAACCCCCCUCGUCCACUCCUACUACUUCAAUAAAGACCAGCUCAGACUCCAGGACCAGCGCUUCAGAAACAGAACAUCACUGUUCAAGGACCAGAUCUCCAGAGGAAACGCCUCACUCCAGCUGACAGGGGUGGAGGUUCAGGACCAGGGAGGAUACAGAUGCUACACCAGCACCAUGAGAGGAAAGGAGGAGUCAUUCAUCAACCUGAGAGUGGACGCUCCAGUCAGUAAAGUCAACAUGGAGCAGGUAGGAAACAGGAUCAUCUGCAGCUCAGAGGGGAUCUACCCUGAACCUGAUCUCACCUGGUCCACCAGUCCUCCAUCCAACCUGAACCUCCAGAACCAAACCAGCAUCCAGCAGACUGAGCAGCAGCUCUACAACAUCAGUAGUUCUCUGAUACUUUCAGACAGUGAAACUGAUCUGAUCUACAUCUGCACCAUCAGCACUCGCAGCAACAGCAGGAGAGUCAGUUUGUUUAUACCAAAGGAUUCAACCAAUGUUGGAGCCAUUAUAGGUGGAGUGGUCAUUUUGGUCGUAGCAGUAGCAGCAGUAAUUUUCCUGGUGCUGCACCGUAAAAAGAAAAAAGGUCGACAGAGAAACAACAGGAGAGAGUCAAACCAUGAUGAAACGCAAAUGGAGAUGGGCUUUACAGCUUUCUGAACCUACAGAGGAAGAUCAAGAAAAAGACACAUUUGGGGUUUGAAUCUGUGGAGGUGAAGACUCUGGUCACACACUCCAGUUAAAUACAUGUAUAUACACUUAGCAUGAAGCUAGGUAAUAUAGAGCUACCCACCUUUAUAUAUACUGUGUAUUCUGCACUUUAAUUUUUCAUUGCUCUAAAAUGAUUCUCAUCAUUAUGAUUGUUAAAAUUUGUAUAUCUGUGUUUGUACAUUUUAUUUAUUACUCAGUACUUGCUUAUUUUAUAUGUUUCAUGUUUUCUUGUUGGAAUAAAUUGAUUCUAUGCUGCUGUUUUCCAGUAUCACCACUAGAUGGUGCUGUUGCUUUGUUAGCGACUGAAGUUCAUUAAUAAAAUGUGUGACUUUCAGAUACUAAUAUGAAUAUUGAUCCAUCUGUUCAGACAGUUGAUUAGAUCAGGUGGUUAAGCAUCAGUAUGAUCAGCCUCCAUCAAUGACACUCAUUCUCCCAGGUGAUCAUGU